AUGAGCGGUCAGUUUGAAGAAGACAUCCACGACCGAAGCGAGAGGAAGAACAGCAAAUCCCCCACGCUGCUCUCUUCCUACUGCAUAGACAGUAUCCUGGGCCGGCGCAGCCCCUGUAAGGUCAGGCUUAUAGGGGCACAAAGUUUGGGUUUGCCCGGGAGAGGAGAGCUGGACAAAACCUCUGACGGGCCAAUGAAAGACCCCCUCUCUCUGAGCGCAGACAUGCACCUGCCUCCUAAACUCCGGCGGCUCUACGGUCCUGGGGGGAAGUACCUACACGAGCACACUGAAAAGCUGGAGAGGGAGAGGUUACUCCUGGAACAAGCCAGCGACAACCUCAAAAUCACCCAGGCGCCACAGGUGAGCAUCAGUCGCAGCAAGUCCUACCGGGAGAACGCAUCUCUGACACGGGGAGAAGGCGACCAGAGCCCCGGUGAGGGCUCAGAGGACGGUAGUCUGGGACUGGUGGAGCUUGGCCCACUGAAGUUUGAGGAGGACACCGGUAAGGAGGAGGAGAGCUGCGGGGACGCUUCAGUCUUGUCACCGAAAGACGAAGAGAGGGAAAGCUUGAACGCCGGAGACGGAGAUGUGAGAGACGGCGAGGACAGCGUGUGCCUGUCCGCGGGCAGUGACUCGGAAGAAGGGAUGCUGAAACGGAAGCAGAGAAGAUAUAGGACUACGUUCACGAGCUAUCAGCUGGAGGAGCUGGAGAGGGCUUUCCAAAAGACGCACUACCCGGACGUUUUCACGAGAGAAGAGCUUGCAAUGCGCUUGGAUCUUACCGAGGCCCGUGUUCAAGUGUGGUUUCAGAACCGCAGGGCUAAGUGGAGGAAGCGUGAGAAGGCAGGUGUGCAGGCCCACCCCUCAGGUCUCCCCUUCCCUGGGCCUUUGGCAGCUGGACAUCCCUUGAGCCACUACCUGGAGGGCGGACCCUUCCCUCCUCACCCCCACCCCGCCUUGGAGUCUGCCUGGACGGCCGCUGCUGCUGCGGCCGCUGCCUUCCCCGGACUGGCCCCUCCGCCACAUAACGGCGCUGCUCCACCCCUCGCCACACCACUGGGCCUGGGCACGUUCUUGGGGACAGCUGCCAUGUUUCGCCAUCCUGCCUUCAUCGGCCCUACAUUUGGAAGGCUCUUCUCCAGUAUGGGCCCCCUAACCAGUGCUUCCACCGCGGCUGCUCUCCUCCGCCAGCCUGCCCCCCCUGUCGACAGCCCUCCCCACACAGGCCCGGUGCUGCCAGACCCCUCCUCUUCAUCCUCCUCCUCUUCCUCGGCUGCAGCUGACCGCCGGGCCUCCAGUAUCGCUGCUCUCCGACUCAAGGCUAAAGAACACUCGGCACAGCUCACCCAGCUCAACAUCCUGCCCCCCGGAGCCACAGGGAAGGAGGUGUGCUGAAGUCUCCACCCCAGCCUCAGCCUCCCGUCCUGGGCAUGUCCUACUCUGAGACCCCCCUGUCCCCCAAACCUGCCCUCACAUUCAUACCUCUGGAGGCUGCUUUCCCGUGAUGCUCCACUGCCCCGAUUACCUCAUGUCCCCCAACAAAAUAGCACGACCAAAUUUGAGAGAGCACUGGCUAAGUGAUGUCUGAUAAGAACACUUGUCUCAUUGAUGAACUAACUUUUGAAUAAGAAGGCUUCCUAUUUAUGUAAUUAUUUUAUCUAAUUCAAAGUGAAACAAAAGCUCCAUGCACACAGAUUGAAAUAUUUUCAGCAUUUAUGUAUUUUAGACGCAAGGUAUGUCGCAAUAGCGCAUUAUUAUAAUUUUUAUUUUUCCUUUUGCCAUUUCCUGCCUUUAUUCGAGCAUAGGACAAGGCUCCGAACUUGAACAAACUGUACACUGCCUUGGACAUUCUAAUAAAUAAAAAGUUUAACAUUAAUUAAUAAGGAUAAUUUAAUUUUUUUUAAAAUACAAUACAAAUGGAAAUCUUUCAAUCUGUAUAUAAUGGAUUUAUAUAAUUUGAAAUCAGGUUUAAAUAUAUUUUUUACUUAUUAUUAUUACUUUUUUUUACUUUUCCACCUUUUUCCAAUUAUUUGAGAGGGCCACAUUCUUUUAAAAUGUUCUUAUAAUUACAGGAAUUUGUUUUAUUGCAUACAUUUACCAAACCCUAGAUCUGAAAAAGUCAUCUCCAAAACACCAGGACUUAAAAUGGCCUAAUCUGUAUGCAUUGCUGUGGGCUGAGCCAGUCUGCUCCUAAUAAAGGCAAGUUGGAGGAGGUCCCCCAUGAACCAAAGGAAUAACUGUCCAUACCUUCCGUAGCCUUCUCUACAAGCCUCUCCUCUUGCACAUGUCCAAACAGCCAAACUCAACACACACUGUUUUCCUUCAACACUAUAUGUCUUUCCUGUACGCAUACAUAUUUCUUUAAUUUCAACAUGUGUUUUGGUUGAGACUGGCUGUAGAACAUGGAUGCAAGUAGAGAUUUGUCUCUGAUGACAUGACUGUGUGAGAAAAUGUACAUAUUGUGAAAAGAUAGAAGAAAAAAAGAUGAUUUUCAAAACAAGGUCGUGUAUAUUUAACUAGACCAUGUUUUGAUAAUUUGCACUCAAUGUAGUGUUUAAUGAAUGACGCCCUUGUCUAGAAUUACACUUGUGUUUAUGAAUUAUUAUUAGGUUUCUAGAUCAUUAUUUAUGUCUAUACUUACCCCGAAGGACUGACAGAUUUUUCUUAAGUGAUUGUAAAAUUCCUGGUUUAAUAAUUUGAAUAAAUGGACACUGCUUCAAUGACUUAAAUUUUAUCAUUUCAAAUUGCUUUAGGCCUAAACCAGGAGAAAAUGUGA